AUGGGUGACAGUCAAAUUAAUUAUGAUGAUGCCAUUGAGUAUUGGAGUCAAACUCCUGCUACAGUCGAUGGAGUGUUAGGUGGGUAUGGUGAAGAAACUAUUGUGCCAACGAUGGAUGUGCUAGGGUCCAAUCAUUUCUUGCGUAAGUUAAAGUCUAGAAUGGUUGUUAGCCCAGGUCAUAAGAAAAUUGGGGCUGACAUUGGUGCUGGUAUCGGUAGGGUUACCAAGACUAUGUUAUACAAGCAUUGUGAUGAAAUUGAUCUGGUUGAACCUGUUAAGCCGUUUGUGGAACAGAUGAAGGUUGAUUUACAAGAAUUGAGUCAAGAGGGCAAGAUCGGUACGAUAUAUGACGUUGGUAUGCAGGAUUGGGUGCCAGAGGAAGGAAAAUAUUGGUUGAUUUGGUGUCAAUGGUGUGUUGGACAUCUACCUGAUGAAGAGUUGAUCAAAUUUUUUAAAAGAUGUAUCAAAGGAUUGCAACCAAACGGUACAAUUGUUGUUAAAGAGAACAACACCACAAACGAUCAUGACUUCGACCCGGACGAUAGUUCAGUUACAAGAUCCGACAAUAAAUUUAAAGAAUUAUUUGAACAGAGUGGAUUGAAAUUGAUUGCUACAGAUAGACAAAAGGGAUUGCCACAAGAAUUGUAUCCGGUGAGGAUGUAUGCAUUAAAGCCUCUUCAAGAACAGACAAGUGAAUAA